AUUUUUUCAAAGAAGAUUCAAUUUCUUAUUGUCGUGCAUUUUAAUUCUCCCACUAAGAGAUACACUUUUUAUCAGAACAAUUUGUAAAAAAACAACUCAUUACUACUACUACUAUAUAAAAUGUCUGCCACUGCCAAUUCACAAGUUGAUGUUCAAAUUUCCAAGAAUGGAUCAGUUCCAAAUUGCAUAAUUGCUGAUGAUUAUGAUGAAAUGAAUGGAAUUUAUGGAAUUACUAAAGAUGAAUCAUGCCAAUUUGGUGGUUGUCAUGUUCCUCCACAAUUGCAAAAGGUUUUGGAGAGAUUACGUGAUGAAUUUUUGAAAUAUAAGGAUGAUGAAGAGUUCAAUAAGGAAUUUAGAGAUUUACUUCGUGAUUUCGUAGGUCGUCCAACUCCACUUUCUCCUGCUCGUAAUUUUGCCAAGCAAUUGGGAACCAAUGCCAAAAUUUAUCUCAAACGUGAAGAUACAGCUCACUUGGGCUCUCACAAAAUUAAUAAUUGCAUUGGACAAAUUCUCCUAGCAAAACGUAUGGGAGCAAAGAGAAUUAUUGCAGAGACAGGUGCAGGACAACAUGGAUCUGCUGUGGCUGCGGUCUGUGCUUUAUUCGGCAAUAUAGAAUGUGUCAUUUACAUGGGAGCUGAGGAUUGUAGGAGACAAUCUUUGAAUGUUUUCAGAAUGCAAAUGUUGGGAGCUAAGGUUAUUCCUGUAACAAAAGGACAAGGAAGAUUGAGAGAUGCUGUUGAUGAAGCAUUGGGUGAUUUGGUUCAAAAUUAUGAAAACACUUUCUAUUUACUUGGUUCUGCAGUUGGACCAUGUCCAUUCCCAAAUAUGGUCAAGCAUUUCCAAUCAGUCAUUUCAGAAGAAUCAAGACAACAAAUUCUCCAAGCAGAAAACAAACUCCCAACCAUGGUAAUUGCUUGUGUUGGUGGUGGAUCCAAUGCCAUUGGUGCAUUCUCUCACUAUCUCAGAAAGGGUGAAGAUGAAAAAGUCAGAUUACUUGGCAUUGAACCAAUUGAAGCUCCAACUCUCACUGAAGGUGUUCCAUACAUUCUCCACGGUUUUAAAUCACUCUGUUUACUCGAUGAGAAUGGAGAACCAAAGAAAACAUACUCAGUUGCUGCUGGUCUUGACUAUCCAUCUGUUGGUUCAAUUCACUCCUAUCUGAAAUCAAUUGGAAGAUGUGAAUAUUAUACAGUUUCAAAGAAACAAGUAUUGGAAGCAUUCAUGUUAUUGUCAAAAUCUGAGGGAAUUAUUCCUGCAUUGGAAAGUUCACAUGCUCUUGCCUAUGUGGUUGAGAUGGCCAAGAAUAAUCAAUUGAAGGAUGAUGAUAUUGUUGUGGUCAAUUUGAGUGGACGUGGUGAUAAGGAUGUAGAACAAGUGUACGAUAUGAUUAAGAAGGGUGAAUUUGAUUAUCCUUUAACUCUUUAAAUAUUUUACAAUUUUUUAAAUAUUAAAUACUGUAUUAUUAUUAAUAUUAAAUAUUAUUAUAUGUAUUAAAUAUAAAUAUUAAAUGUAAUUAUA